AUGCAGUACAAGAGAAUACGCGUGACAACCGUGUCUCGAGAGCGUCCCAAAACCGCAUAUGCCCGUAAAAUUAAAUUGGAAUACCCAUCAAUGCCAGUUGAUGUUGGCGGCUUCACUGCCUACGGUGGCGGUCAUAACCAAUGCUAUCUUGGACAAGCGACCAUUGACAUCCCUCUUCCCUCAUCCCGGGAGUCAUCUAUCAACGACAUUCCCCAUCCCACUGGUGCAAGCUUCGACUCAUCACCAUCGAUUAACAGUGUCACGUCCCUAAUACAUUAUACGAGUUACGUCUGUCUGUCGCCGCCACCUCGCUACCUACCCCGCUUCGCUGUUCCUGCUAUUUGCUAUUUCUGA